UUUGUUUACUAUUACUACAACCCUUCUCUACCAGCAGCUGUUGUCUUCGUCGUGCUGUUCGGUUUAUCUGGAUUGGCUCACGUUGGCCAAAUUGUGCACGGCCGCACCUGGUAUUUCGUACCAUUUGUGAUUGGCUGUAUAUUCGAAGCCAUCGGAUACAUUGGUCGCACUUUGUCAGCCGAAGAAGCGCCCGACUUCACCAAGGUACCCUACAUCUUGCAGUCGCUUCUUCUCCUCCUCGGACCCACGUUCUUCGCAGCAUCCAUCUACAUGGUUCUUGCCCGUGUCAUCAUUCUCCUUCAAGCUGGACAUCUGUCUGUCGUCAAGCCCUCUUGGUUGACCAAGGUGUUCGUCACGGGCGAUGUCUUGUCAUUCCUGGCCCAGAGUGGCGGUGGCGGAAUGCUUGCAAACGCCAAGUCAAAGAGCGCUACCCAAAGGGCCGAAUGGGUCAUCGUGGCUGGCCUGGCUAUUCAGAUUGUCUUCUUCGGCUUCUUCAUGCUAGCCACGCUGAUUUUCCACACACGUAUCCAUUCCAAUCCAACACAAGCCUCGCGGGAGCUCCAAGUGCCAUGGAAAAAGCUCCUCUACAUCCUUUACGCCACUAGUGUCUUUAUUAUGAUCCGAUCAGUCUUCCGAAUCGUCGAGUACAUCAUGGGACGGGGCAGUGAGCUUCAGGAUAAGGAGUUUUGGCUCUAUGUGUUUGAUGCUUCGCUGAUGGCCAUGACUUCAAUGCUGUUCAACGGUUUUCAUCCCGGACGGGUGCUU